AUGGGUUCGCAAUCUCAAGCCCAUCGACAUCUUUACAUUCUUGACACCGACCUGUCGCAGCCGCACCCACGAUGCGGCCGCAUUCUAUCAUGCCUCACGGACGGCACCGACAGGCAAACAGUCAUCGAUCACAUCACCACGAUGCCUGAUGGAAUCACUAUCGACCACCACAACGGCCACAUGUACUGGACAAAUAUGGGCCGGAAUCUAAAAACAAAUAGCGGAUCAAUCGAGCGCGCGAACCUCGACGGCUCAAACCGGAAGGUAAUCAUCCCUACCGGCUCAAUCGGUGUUUUUACGCCCAAACAAAUCACCAUCGCCAGAAUAAGCCGCAAACUGUACUGGUGCGACAGAGAGGGGAUGAAAGUGAUGCGCAGCAACCUCGACGGCUCGGACGCUGAGGUCCUGGUCUCGACGGGAGAUUCAGAAGAAGACAGGCUGGACCAGCGAAGGUGGUGCGUGGGUAUCACGGUGGACGAGCGGCGCGGCUUCUUCUACUGGACUCAAAAGGGCCCGUCGAAGGGCGGGCAAGGGCGCAUACUCCGCGCAUCUAUUGAAGGGCCGCCGGGGUUUUAUCCCGACAAGCGGUGGGAUGUCGAGGUUAUCUUUGACAAGCUGCCCGAGCCCAUCGAUCUUGAGAUGGACGAGGAAGCUCAGACGCUUUACUGGACAGACCGCGGUGAUCCUCCGAAUGGCAACUCCCUGAACAGGGCGGCGAUCGGGAUGCGAGGAGUGCCGCAGAUUUUGGCGACGCGGUUACACGAGACUAUUGGGCUGGCAUUGGACAGGGAGGAGGAUGUCGCGUAUGUGACGGACCUGGCGGGAGGUGUUUACGCAAUUGAUAUCAAGAAAAGGAUCAAGACAGUCCUAUUUCCGGAGUUGGGAGACAUAGCGGGCAUAGCACUGGUAUAG